AUGGAGGACAGAGGUCGGGCCGGGUCCGGCCCCCAUCCCGGCUUCCGCGAAGGCGGCGGACCGUGGGGUGCUGAGCAGGGGCCUAGGGAUGACGUCAAAGGAUCUAACCCUAACGUGCGCGGCACGCAACCGAUGAUGGGAAACGGCGGAAGCUUUUCCGCCAGAGGGGGAAACGGGGAAGAGGGGGAAGCGGAACGGGGGGGUUCCGACAAAGGCGGGGGAAGGGCGGCGGAAAGGGAGGAGGGGAAGGAUCGGGCUUGGGGGAAUGGCCAGGGGGAAGGCGCGCGGGAGGACGAGCGGAAGAGAAAAGGGGGACCGGGGGAAGAGGACGACAGGGGUUUCGGAAGGGUCUGGGGGGAGCCUGGGAGAUACGGGUGGGGUGGAGGGCGGAGGGAUGGGGGAUAUGGGGACGGGGGUUUUGACGGCGGCGGGGGUUUUGGCGGAAGAGGAGGGGGGGAAGCUGGGGGAGGCGCGCAUGGGGGGAGAGUCGGGAUGGGGCGCGGGGGAAUGGGCGGGGAGAUGGGGCCGAUGGGAAUGGGGGGGAUGGGGCAUAUGGGGGGACCGAUGGGGCCAGGUAUGGGAGGCAUGGGCGGAGGGGGGAUGGGCGGCGGGGGAAUGGGGGGAGGCAUGGGUAUGGGUAUGGGAAUGGGCAUGGGGCAUAUGGGCAUGAUGGGGAAUAUGGGGGGAGCGGGCGGAAUGGGAGGCAUGGGGGGAAUGGGAGGGAUGGGGAACAUGGGGGGAGGAAUGCCUAUGGGGGGAGGGGGUCCGCCUAUGGGCGCAGGGCGUCCCCCUAUGGGCGGAGAGGGCAUGCCCAUGGGCGGAGGGGGAAUGGGCGGAGGGGGGAUGGGCGGAGGGGGGAUGGGCGGAGGGGGAACGCCCAUGGGCGGAGGCCCGGGAAUGCAGAUGGGGGGAGGUCCGGGCGGAAUGGGGGGACGGGGGAUGCGCAUGGGUCCGCAUGGGGGAAUGCCCAUGGGCGGAGGGGGGCCCGGGCCGGGAGGCGGGGGAGCAGGGGGAGCAGGAGGCGGAGGCGGAGGCGGAGGCGGAGGCGGAGGGGGAGGGGGAGGGGGAGGAGGAGGGGGAGGAGGAGGCGGAGGCGGAGGGUCAGGGGGAGGGGAAAACCGGCAGAUGGGCGCGGGAGGUGCUGGAGGCCCGCCCAUGGGCGGAGGAGGGAUGGGCGGAGGCAUGGGGGGAGGCAUGGGCGGAGGCAUGGGGGGAGGGAUGGGGGGAAGGAUGGGCGGAGGAAUGGGGGGGAGGGGGGGCAUGGUAACUCCAGGGGGGCGCAUGGGGUAUGUGGCAACGCGGGGGAAGUCAAGGGGGGCGCAGAAUGACUAUUCCCAACACUUUGUGGAUACGGGAUACAGGCCUCAGAACUUCAUACGCGAUAUGGACGUGAAUGAUAGGUUUGAGGAGUACCCUAAACUGAAGGAGCUUAUAACGAGGAAGGAUCGGAUCGUGGCGGAUGCUACUACGCCUCCUGUGUACCUUCAGAUGGACUUGAAACAGGUUGAGUUGACUCCUGAAAUAUUUGGCACCAAGUUUGAUGUCAUUCUGAUUGACCCUCCCUGGGAGGAAUAUGUACGACGAGCGCCGGGCAUGGGGGACGAGAUAGAGUGGUGGACACCGCAGGAGAUCAUGGCUCUGAGAAUCGAGUGGUUGGGGGAGGAGGUAGGGACGGGGAGAGGCUGGGAGAAGCGGGCACCAGGCAUGGGGGACGAGAUCAUGGCGCUGAGAAUAGAGGCACUGGGUGGCCUGGGAAAUGUGGUCUGGCGCGUUGCUGGGUAG